AGGGCUGCUGUGUCUCCCAAGUCAGCAGUGAAAAUGCCUUCUCAAGCAAAAUUAGAAAUGACUCCCCGGGAGAAAGUAGAGGUACCACCCAAGGCAAGUACGGAAGUGCACCCCCACGCAAUUGUGAAAGCAUUCCCCAAGGCAAGCAUGGAAGCACCUUGCAAAACAAACAUGGAUGUACCCCACAAGUUGAAUGUGGAAGCAUCUCCCAGGGUGAGCAUGGAAGUGCCCCCCAAGGAAAGUGUGGACACGUCACCUGAGAUGAGCAUGGACUCAUCCUCCGUGGUGAGCGUGGAUGUAUCCCCUGUGGUGAGUGCGGACACAUCCUCUGAGAUAAGCAUGGACGCGCCCCUUGAGGAAAGUGUAGAUGCAUCAUCUGAGGAGAGCGUGGAAGCAUCCCCUGAGGUGAUGGUGGAAGUGAACCCCGAGGUAAUGGUAGAAUCGAACCCGGAGGUGUUGGUGGAUGCACUCCCUGAAGCAAGCAUGGAAGCGCGCCGCAAGACAUUCCCUGGGAAAUCAGAAAUGGACAAACGGGCCUCAAAUCCUACUACCAAGAAGCGUCUAUCAUCUAACAUACCAUGUCAUAAAUCAUCAUCGUCUCCUGCAAGCAGGUGUCGUCCACCUUCUCCCAUCAGUAUUAACAGGCAAAUCCAAAGGAACCACCCCCCAUCACCCUCACUGGUCAUUUCAAAACAAUCAGCACAGUUUUCCUGUAAAAUACCAUCUGUUCAGCGUUCCUUAUCUGUGCAAAUUGCAUUAGAUUCUGUCAAAAAGAAGAAAGAAACAGUUCCUAAAACCACAAACAAAUGUGAGGUUUCAAACCAAAGGCAUAUGAUCUGUGAAGAGCCUGGUAAUAAAAGCACACCAGGGACCAUGAAUGCUGAGGAGGCAACAAAAAUUUUGACAGAAAGACGUCGCCUUGCUCGUGAACAAAGAGAAAAAGCGGAAGAAGAAAGACUACGGGAAGAAAUGGAGCCAAGGAAACCAAAAGACAUGGCAGACAAAGCAAUUGAAGGCCAAGCAGAAGAGUUCUCGAAAGUUGAAAAUGAGCAACAACAAAUGGAGGCUAAAAACCAAAAAGGAUGUCAAGAUCAAGAAGACCAGGAGAAAGAGGAUGCCAAAAUAAAAGCUCAAGAGGAAGCUGACAGACGCAAGAAAGAACAGGAGAGAAUUAUGUUACAAAAUUUACAAGAACGGUUGGAAAGAAAAAAGAGAAUUGAGGAAAUUAUGAAGCGGACGAGAAAGACAGAUGUGAAUGCCUCAAAGGCUGCAGAAACAUCGGGCAAUGAAACAUAUGAGGAGGAUGAGGCUGAUGAUGAGAAUGAGACCGAAAGUGACGAGGACUCUGUUAAUGAAAUGUUCCCAUCAGCCAUUCUAAAUGGCAGAGAUUCACCAGCCAAACUCAAAGUGCCUCUUAGAAAUGCCAAGAAAAUGUUGCACAAGCUGGUAUUUCUAGAUGGCACUUCUGGUCAUGUGCGUACAGAGUCAAAAAUAUAUUUUAAUGGCGAUUUGAACACCUUCAAACAACAAAGUAUGAGAAACUCUUCAACACAGGCAAAAGGUUCAAGAUCAUCCACCAGAAAAAUGACUAGCCGCACAGCAAAAACUGAAAAGGCAAAUGAAACCAACAACAUCAUCAGAUCUUCUCUCAGUUUAAAUUCAAAACAGGAGUGGACCUGUGACAAGGUGAUUGACAUCAUAAGUGACCCAGAACCAUCUGUAUCAGGUAUCCCUCCUGAAGACCACAAAUACAAUCUGGAAGAUUCCGUGACAUUUUGCCAAAGUUCCCAGACACCUUUAAAUGAUCAAAAAAGAAGCUCUUCUCCUCAUUCCGUUUGGCUCCGGGUCCUGUUGACCCACCCGUUGGAACUGUUGAACCAGGAUGUUCCUGUUUACUACACCAAGGUGAUGGACACUGAUCUAGCCUUUCCUUCACGCAUACUCCUCACAUUUCCCUUCCUUUCUGGAUGGGCUUUUGGUGUCCUCUCCCCUGAGGACCAGAUCCCUGGCCUCUACCAGCAGUUUCUGCGGAUCAGCAUAUUUCCUAUACCCGUGUUAUCUUGA